AUGUCCUCAUCUUAUGCAAACUUACUCCCUGCCAAUGGCAAAUGGAAACAAUUAAUUACCGAUUACUUACAAGAAGAUGUGCCAUCUUUUGAUUUUGGUGCAUUUGUAGUCGGGAACAAACAAGAAACGGCUUCCUUAUACAUGAAGCAAGCAGGAUUGAUCUCGGGAGUACCAUUUACAGCAGAAGUCUUUAAGCAAUGUGAAUUGGAAGUUGAAUGGCUUCAUAAGGAAGGCGAAUUCAUCACUGAGGAAGUGAUUCAAAAGAAUAAGGGAAAAAUCGUUGUUGCUGUAGUUAAGGGCCCGGCCAACAAGAUUUUGUUGGCAGAAAGAACUGCUUUAAACUUAUUAGCGAGAUCUUCUGGGAUAGCUACGCAAUCUCGUUUAACCAAGAACUUGGCAGAUGAAAGUGGUUACACGGGUCUUAUUGCUGGUACUAGGAAGACUACUCCGGGUCUCAGACAACUCGAAAAGUACUCUAUGUUGAUUGGUGGUGUUGAUACCCAUAGAUACGACUUAAGCUCUAUGGUAAUGUUGAAAGAUAACCACAUAACCUCUACUGGUAGUAUUACUAAAGCGGUUAAAAGUGCCAGAUCAGUAUGUGGGUUUGCAGUUAAGGUUGAAGUUGAAGUAAGUACUGAAGAAGAUGCUCGUGAGGCCAUUGAUGCAGGUGCUGAUGUUAUCAUGUUGGACAACUUUGAAGGUCCUGAGUUGCAAAAAGCUGCUCAAAGCUUGAAGAAGUUCUACGAAGGCAAGCUGAAGUCAUUCUUGUUGGAAUGCUCCGGUGGUUUAACUCUUUCCAACUUAAGCAGUUACUUGUGUAAUGAUAUUGACAUUUAUUCAACUUCCUCAAUCCAUCAAGGAUGUGGGAUUGUUGACUUCUCGUUGAAGAUAAAUAGUGAUUAA